AUAGUAAAAUAGUUGGAAGGAUAAAAUUUAAACCGGUGCCAAAUUUGACACUUGACAGCCAUCAGCCCCCAUCAACUGUCACAAUAGCUAACGUCAAAAUCUUUUCAGGGUCGCGUAUAAUGACCGAACUUUAAUCUUGCCUAGCCUGGAGCCGCUCGUGGUCGAGGAAACAUGUUCAUGGUAACAACCCGCACAUAACCUCACUUUUGUGCAGUCGCCCCCUUGAGCCGCACCAUGCCGUUGCCUCAAAACUUCAACGCUUUACUCGGUGCCGGCGUGUUCGGGAUCGUGUGCGCAGCGACGCUGUACGUGGUAGAGCACUACCGACAGGACCGGAGACGACAUGCCAUGGCCAAAGACCUGGCCCGCUUAGACUCGGAGUUGGCGGUGCUGCGGCGGGAACUCGACUCACUCUUAGCGCAGCAAAAGCACAAGGCCACGAAACGUGUGAAACGCAACAAAGAGGUGUUCAUUACGUCGUCGAGCACCACGGAGGAUUACACGUCGGCGGUGGACGCGGACAGCUCGGAUUUGGAGUUCUACGACGUCAGCGACGACGAGACGGCCGAUCGGAUUAAUGGGGAUUUGGACCUAGAACGUAUCGACAAGACCCUCGAGGAAGGCAACAUAACCGAGCUCGAAUCCUGCGUCCUCGAGCUCCAGAAUCUCUGCCUGGAGUUCCCCGAGAACCCGCAACUCUUAUGGCGGCUAGGCAAAGCGCACUACCGACUCUUCGUAAAGACUGAGCAACAAGACCACAUAGCCAAAGGUAUCGAAGCCUGCGACACAGCUCUCAAACUAAAACCCGAGCUAGCCAACGUCCACAAAUGGUACGCCAUCCUGGUGGGCGAGCGCUCCCAGUUCCAGCCAAUGAAAGAAAAGAUCCACGACGGGCACCUGUUCAAGCAGCACGUGGAUGCCGCGGUUAAGCUAAACCCGAUGGACCCCACUUUGCACCACAUGCUGGGUCGAUUCGCUUAUGACGUGGCGGAAUUGAAAUGGUACGAGAGGAAAGUGGCGUCGGCGUUGUUCGCGGAACCACCCAGUGGUACUUACGAUGAAGCUUUAGAGCACUUUUUGGCCGCCGAGAAUCUGUCGAACGACGAGUGGAAGGCAAAUUUGCUGUAUGUUGCCAAAUGCAAGGUUAAGUUAGGGGCUGUUGAAGAGGCUGUGGUUAUUUUAGAGAAAGCGGAGAAGGUUGAAACUGGCAAUGGCGUGGAUGAUCAGACGGAUGUGGAAGUUAAAGAGUUGCUGAGGAAACAUAGACGGUAGAUAAUUUUAGGUGGUUUUUAAUUUGUAGUGUCGUAUGUUGAGGAAAAUUUUAAGGAUGGAUUGGGGCGGUUGUUUUACUGGUAUUUUAUACAACUUUUUAUGGGCAUAGCAUUCCAAAUAAAAUACACGGGUUA